AUGAGAAACGUUAUAUCGUCUGGAAUUUUAUUAACGGUCGAAAUAAUAAUACUUCAAUUGAAAAUAUUAACGGAUAUUAUAUUGACCGUAUUGAGAUUGUUUAUACCGAGAGGAGAAAAAUCAGUGGCAGGAGAAAAAGUACUCAUAACUGGAACGGGUCACGGUAUUGGUAAGGAAUUAGCAAAACAAUAUGGAGCUUUGGGUGCGGAAAUAAUAUGCGUCGAUGUUAAUCCAAAUGGUAAUAAAGAAACGUUAGAUGAACUUAAAAAUCUCGGAAUAAAAGCAUCGGCAUACGAAUGUGACGUAUCGAAAAAAGAAAAUGUUGAUGAAUUGUUUAAAAAAGUCAAAUCUGAAAUUGGUGACGUAACGAUAUUGCUCAUCAAAGCAUUUUUACCUGGAAUGAUAGAAAAAAAUCAUGGACAUGUUGUUGGUCUUUCUUCUAUUGCUGGUUUGAUAGGUACACAAAAUUUAACUGCUUAUUGUAGUAGUAAAUUUGCAGUAAGAGGUUUGAUGGAAGCAUUCUGUGAAGAACUUCGAAUCCAAGGAAGUAAUGUUAAGUUUACGACAAUAUAUCCUUACAUGACAGACACUGGGUUAUGCAAGAAGGUUAAAAUCAGAUUUCCAAAUAUUUUUAACAUGAACGAUCCAAAAUAUGUAGCCGCUGAAAUAAUAAAAACUCAAAGAAAAGGUUAUAGAGAAGCGACUGUGCCGACAUUUAUGAAAAUUUUACAUGAUUUGGGAAGAACUCUACCAGAAAAUUCAAAAAUAAAUUUAAUCGAUUUUCUAGAUUCUGGAGUUUUAGUCGAAUAA